UUUAAUAUUAACUAGGACUUUGUGAAACAGUUGGGACAGAGAAUCCGCUCUUCGCAGUAGGCCGCUUUAACAAUCAGCCUUGGUCAAAAGAAAUUAAGAAGAAUGCAGAUUCCUCUUUUCACUGUUGAUGCAUUUACAAAUGAACCAUUCUGUGGCAAUCCUGCAGCUGUUUGUCUUCUUGAAGAUGAACUGGAAGAAUGUUGGCAUCAAAAAAUCGCAAUGGAAAUGAAACUUUCGGAAACAGCAUUCAUCCGAAAAUUGCAUCCAACUGACAACUUUACCAAAAGUUCUCGUUUUGGAUUAAGAUGGUUCACCCCAACCAAUGAGGUCCGUCUCUGUGGUCACGCUACCCUGGCAUCAGCUGCAGUGUUAUUUCAUAACAAGAAAAAUGUGAAUUCAUCCCUCACUUUCAUAACUCUGAGUGGAGAAUUAAAUGCCAGACAAGCAGGGGGUCAAAUUGUCCUGGACUUACCCCUUUACUCGGCCUACCCACAGGAUUUGCGGGAAGUGGAAAAAUUAGUAAAGGCAGCUGUCGGUAAUAUGAAUGUUCAAGAUGUUCGCUAUUCUCCUGACACGAAGAAGCUCCUCGUUCGUCUCAGUGAUGCUUAUGAAAGGUCUGAUUUGGAGAAACUAAACCUGAACGCCCAAGAGCUUUUGCAGAUCGAAACGGCUAGAAAAGUGGAAGGAUUAAUAAUCACACUUAAGGGAAAAGCUGGGAGAGAACGCUACGACUUUUAUUCCCGCUACUUCUCACCCUGGAAUGGAGUUUCAGAAGAUCCUGUCACAGGAUCUGCUCAUGCUGUUUUAAGUAGCUACUGGUCACAGCAACUGGGGAAGAAAGAAAUGUGUGGUAAGAGCACCUUUUUGGGGCUGCAAAUUUUAAUGACUGAGAAUUUCUUCUUGAUUAAUCAAAGGGCUGAGAUCGAGCAAGGAUACAGGACUUUUUUUUUUUUUAAUUGGCAUGCCUAAAUUAUUGUGCAAGAUCCUCUGCAUUUACUGCCCAUCUCCCCAGCUCCUUGGUGUGAUUCUGGUGGUUCCGCAUCACCCGGCCCUCCAAUCCCAGCCAUACCUAAUACAACAAAUGAGAAAAUAGAAUCAUGAGAAAGUUAGGUAGAUGUAUAUCUUUGCUGCCGUCUUCGUAGCCACCAUGCUGGACAAGUUUUUUCGGUUUACUGGCUUUCUCCUCUUUCUCGCAGAUGUGGUGAAAAAUCAAUUUAAACAUGACUGACACAGGUUGUACCUGGGGUUCAAUUACUACCUCUUUCCCCCCUUGAAAAUAAGUAUUACAAGUAGAUUACAAAUUCUGUGACUACUUAAAAUCAAUGCCAAUAUCAUACAUCUAAUGGCCCUGAGUAACACCUCCGAGUAGAUUAAAAACUUGCAAGAUGAGUCCAUGUUGGGAUAUGGAAGAGAUCUCUGCAAACUUAGGGAAGCCCACAGGUUUUACAGGGGGAAAAAUAAACUUGGGGGACUUAAAAAAAAAAAAGUCCCCCAAACCGGAACAGUGAUCUCUGUGUAUGUACAGUUAUUGUGCAAAUAAAAGAAAGAACACUGGGUGAAAUAACCUCAAAUGACAAUGAAGUAUGGAAAGUGGUGAGGGGGAAGCAGGAGUGGGUGAGGAGUGGCUGAAUGGAGCAACUGCAGGUGCAGCAGGGAAGGGGAAGAGAACAGGGACCAUGAGAAGUAUGAGCCAAAUUGGGUGGUGGAGAAAAUCAGCAGCUGGAGCCAGCAGGUGUGAGAGGGCACAGAUGGGCCACAGAGCAAAGAGUAAGGGUGUUUUUACACUGACAGUUUGUGACUCUCUAUCACCGCAUUGGAAACUCACCUUUUACAUUACCUAAUGUUCUCACAACUGUUUUGCAUCGUUGCUGCCCGAAGCAUCUACAUUUAUUUCAGUGAGAUGCGUUUUGGAGCUGCUCCUGCAACGUUUUUCUCGACACUAGUUUUGAUCAGGUCUUUUCUCUACAGGCGUUUCAAAUUUGUAUUGUAGAAGUUUUCAUGCAUUUUAAAAGACUCCUCCAAAAGCCACCACAAGGUGCAGUAAUUUGCAUGAGCACUUGACAGCACUUGAAAUCUUUACAUAUCAUUGCUUGCCUCAUCUAGUAAUUUAAAUUUGUAUUGUUUUUGCAGUGUUGACACGAUUUCUAAGCAAUUGUAUACAUUUAACUAAGCACUGGUAUUCUGGCUGCCCUCUGAUCAGAGACCCCCCCAAUUGAAACGCUUAAAUGUAAAAGGAAAA